AUGGCUGCCUUCGUCACACAUGAAGUUAUGGGCACCGCCCUUCAAACUACCAAUAGGUAUACAGACUUACAAGCACGAGGGGUCGGUACCUCUGGGAUUAUCUGUUCGGCACAUGAUUCAAUGGCCAAUCGAACAGUUGCCAUCAAAAAGAUAAAGAAUCCCUUUGAUAGUUCUUCCCUGAUCAAGCGCACGUAUCGCGAGGUUCACCUAAUGACCAAUCUAAAACAUGACAAUUUGAUCAACAUGACAGAUAUCUUUAUCUCACCAGCGGAAGAUCUUUAUCUUGUAAUGGACUGCUGCAUGACAGACCUUCAUCGGUUAAUCCAAUCAGCAUCCAACCCAUUGGAGGGCAAGUUCACCCAGUUCUUCACCUAUCAACUGCUGCGAGGAUUGAAAUACAUUCACUCUGCCGGUGUGAUCCAUCGUGAUCUUAAACCUAGCAACAUUUUGGUCAAUGAAAACUGCGACUUGAAGAUUUGUGACUUUGGCCUAGCCCGAGAACAAGACCAUCAAAUGACUGGCUAUGUGGCCACACGCUACUACCGAGCUCCAGAGAUCAUGCUGACUUGGCAAAGAUACGGCUAUGCGGUGGACAUUUGGAGCUCGGGUUGCAUCCUGGCAGAGAUGCUCCUAGGGAAGCCCCUCCUACCGGGCAAAGACAAUGUGGAUCAGUUCAGACUGAUCACUGAGAUGUUUGGGAAGCCACCCAAGGAGGUUAUGGAGACGAUUUACAGCGACAUUACGAUAAAGUUUGUGAACUCUCUGCCUCAAACGAAACCUCGGUCACUUGAAGCUACUAUGGGAGACGUUGACCCGGAAGCCAUUCGUCUCUCGGAGAGAAUGCUUGAUAUAGACCCGCAAAAGAGAAUUACCGCGGCGGAUGCCCUUACCCAUCCAUACGUUUCGACCUAUCACGACUCUAACGACGAACCCGAGUGUGAGAAACAAAUCGAUUGGUCUUUGUUGGAUUCAGAAAUGACUGCAGAUGAAUGGAAGUGCAAAAUGUAUUCCGAGAUCUUGAAUUAUCACCAUGGUUCUUGCAACUGGGAAGACAAUGACCCCAAAGCUCACGAGGGCAGCAUUGAGAAUUGGCUGCACAAGGAGAUGACGGUGGGCACAUAUUGA